ACAGUUUUUAAGUGGGUCAAGGACUUCCUGUCCUUGUUUGUCGUUUCCCAAACAAAGACAAGUUUUGAAAACAGAACUCUGACGCUGCACAUUUUCCACUGUUUUCAAAGGUGAAUUGGCUCAUUUUGUACAUCCCAUAAUUUUUUGGGUCCUGCUUGUGCCCAUGAUAAAACCUUGGCAACGAACUGACCAUAGCACUUGAUUAGCUGUCUCUGGAGGUUGCUAAUUCCUCAGCCACAAUCCUCUUACCCACCCUGAGCUAUUUCUAUACGCGUCAUCGUGAUCCUGAAGCCUAACUCUCAGACAAAACACAUCUGCCCCUGCCCAGCAAUUCAUAGUGUGUGAGUUUGUCUUCUCCUGAGCAAAACCAAGGGCAAGUAAACACAUCAACAGGAGUUGUCCAGCCUGCCAAUAGGGAAAAAAAAAACAAUCACUCAGGUCAUUCUAGACAGCGAUGUCGGGAAACAGUGUGGAUGAAGAGCUUGAUGAACUGCCAGCAACAAACACAGGACCCAAAGGCGUGAUCAAUGACUGGAGAAAAUUCAAGCUGGAGAGUGAGAACCAUGAAUCUAUUCCACCCAGCAAGCGGGAGCUUCUCAGACAGAUGUCUUCUUCUUACCAAUCCAAUAGCAAAGAAGAAACAGACAUCCAGAGAAGAUUAAACCGUAAGAUGAGCGUGCAGGAGUAUGAGCUCCUUCAGGACGAGGAUGAGGGCUGUCUCCACAAGUACCGGAAGCAGUGCAUGCAGGAUAUGCACCAGCGGCUGAGCUUCGGGCCCAAAUUUGGCUGCCUGUAUGAGCUAGAGAGCGGGGAGCAGUUCCUGGAUGUCAUUGAGAAGGAGCACAGGCUGACGAUGGUGGUGGUCCACAUAUACGAUGACAAAGUGAAGGGCUGUGAUGCCUUGAAUAAUUGCCUCACCUGCCUGUCUAUGGAGUACCCCACUGUGAAGUUCUGCAAGAUCAAGGCCUCCGACACGGGGGCAGGCAACCGCUUCUCGGACAGUGUGCUGCCCGCCCUUCUGGUCUACAAGGCAGGGGAUCUGGUGGGCAACUUCCUGAGCAUCUCCGAGCAGCUGAACGAGGAGUUUUUUGCAGUGGAUGUGGAGUCCUUUUUAAACGAGUAUGGCUUGUUGCCAGAGAAGGAGUUUGGGGCCUGUCAGAAUGCACAGGAGGUUGUGGAAUAAAACGGUCGUGUUAGGGGACAGUAGAGAAUACGUCUUAUUUAUACUUCUCAGUAGCAUUCUAUAGAGGGGGCCUCAACUGUCCCUGGCUCCUUUCUCAAAAGGUAAAGUGUUGUCUUGUUAUAGGGCAACCACAACCAAAUUUUGAUUCAAAUGUUACUGACCCAUCAGCACCCUAAGAAUUACAUCCUGGUUUAAAUUAUUGGAAUCCAAGAAUAUUAUUACUCUAUUUAAUAACAUACAGCAUAUGCUACCUUCAACAAAUCUACCAUUCAUUAUUUUCUGAAUUGUUUAUAUUACAUAGCAACAACUAAUGUUUAAAAAACAAACAUUUACAUUGAAAAGGUGCAGGGUAACUAUCUAGGCCAUUUUAAUUGGCAUGUAAGUAUUGUUCCUCAACAUUAUCCACUAGAUUCAGUUGUGGAUCUGAAGGGGAGAUGUCUAUGUUUUCAAACAACUUUCAAGGUUGCAAAUGGUCUUACAUGUUCAUCAGUCUUCGGUUUUGUAAAACGAAUAUUAUAUUUUGACGUAAGAUAAAGAUAAAGGAAGCACUUUGACAUUAAAUGUACUCCUUAGAUGCUUUGAAAUAUCAAACAUACUACUACAGUUUUUUUUUGUAAUUAAAGAGUUUAUGCAUUAUUUAUCUUAAAAUAUAAAAUAUAAGCAUAAAAAUAAGCAUAAAAUCUUGGAGUACAGCUAUACAAAUGAAAAACACCGCUAUAUUAAAACAGCUACAAGUUUGACUUUGACACUGCCAUUAUUACAUAUGGACAUUUAAUGUGAAUGUUCUAUAACUCUUCAGUGCUGUAUACUUGUGUUUGUGGGCAUUAUUUACAUUAUUUACGUAUUUCAUAGUAGUGAUCUAGACUGUGAUCGAGACAGCGAUGGGUUUAACAUCAUUAAUAAACAACAAAUAAGCAGCAAAUGAAUACAUUUUAGAAAAGCAGUAUUGAGAUCUAAUCAACAUCCUGUUUCGAUCAUUAAAAAAAUACUUCAGAAACACACAAACACACACAUAAUAAGUGUUAGAAGACAUUGUUGUUUUCUUUUUUUUAGAUAUAAUAAACUGCAAACUAUUUCUAUAUAUUUUGUGGAUUGAAUAUGGAUUGAAAAGCCAUAUUUAGAAGUUAGUGAAAUUUAAGUAAGCAACUUUAAAAGCAUAAAAGUUAGAACAAAUAUUUAAAAAUUAAAUAAAAUCUAUAUUGGUGAGUGAAAAAUUACAUGGCACGUUAGUUUCACUGUGGCUCUGGAACCUUGACUGUGGAAUCGACAGCUGUCAACCUCAGUACAGUAUGGAGAUUAAAAGUAAAGGACCAUGUGACUUAGCCAGCUUGAAUGUACAUGUAUAUUGCAUGUCUAUAUCUAUUUCCAGACAUACUGUAUGCAAAUACAUACCAUGUUUAAAAAUGUUUUACAUGUGUUUAAAAUGCAUUUACUUGGUUGGUGUACAAGUUUAAAAAUCU